UUAGUUCUUUUUUUUUACAAUGAUUCGAUUUUUCGAACAAACAAUUUUUUUCCGGUUUAACAUUCGAACAUCUAAAAUCUUUUGUCGAAUCUGUUGACAAAUGUGCAUGUUCGAAUGUGCGUGUCAUAUUAAUUUCAAGAUGAUAAUUAAAUUAUUGAUUUGGAUGUGGAUAUUAUUUCCCAUCUAUAAUUGUUCGAUAUGUCAAUUGGAAUAUUCAAGUAAUCGGAAUUCGUUUAUGGUAUAUGCAGCCGAUAAUCUUCAGAAUGGUACAAUACGUUUGUAUGGUGAAAAAUAUUAUAUCGAUUUUCAACUUUAUCAUCAUUAUGAUAAUUAUACUGGUUCAAUUUUAUCGAUUCAAGAUUCUACAAAUGAAACACAACGAUUGAUAAUGUUUGCGAUUGAAAAACGAUUAAUUCGAGAAACAUAUUUUAAUUUAUCUGAAAAAAUAAAUUUUCUAGACACUGUGGAUCAACGUAUUACGGUAUUCACAUUGAUUAAACAUCAAUAUGAUUAUGAUUAUAAUAUUGGUAUGGAUGAAUAUACAUUCAUUGUUGUUUCAAAACGUUCCACAAAAUCUUAUUUGACCGCUGAUUGGUAUCAUAUAAAAACAAAUAACGGAACGAUUCAAGAUUCUCAUCUACUUCCCCCACGUAUUGAACAACAAUCUAAUCAAACAAUGAAUGAAACAAAUAUAUUUAUUCGAAUGGAUUCUGCCUUUCGUCUGUUGUUUGAUGAUGAACAAUAUCUUUUCACAAUCAUUAAUCGUCGGCUAUUCUGGACCAUCGUUAAACUGGAACAUUUUGAUAAUAAAGAAAAUGAUGUUGAACUUGUCAAUGAUUCUAAUGAAACAUUUCAUCGUGGUCCAAUACCACCAAUGACAGCAGCAUUCACUAUACAAUCAGAAAAUUUGAUAGCAUUAGUCAUUAUUAAAUGUCAUAUGCGUUGUAUAGUUCCGUGGAUUUAUAAUGAAUCCAUAUUUGAUUUUCAACCAUGUCUUUAUUUAUCAAAUUGGUAUGAUAUCGAACCAUUCAUAUUGAUGGAUAAUGAAACAAUCAAUAAUAAACAACUGAAACGAUUUUCGAAUGAUAAUCGAGAUUCCAAAUUAUUUUUACCUAAACAAUCUAAUUGGUUCGGAAUAUUUUAUUAUUAUGGUAAUCGUGAUGGCAUUGGACAUCGAAUUCGUUCGAAAUUACAAAGACCGAUAUUUUGGGUCAGAGUUAAUUAUCGAAUUAUGACUAUUAUUGGUCUUAUCAUGAUAGUAUUGAUAGUGUCAUUGACUGGAUUCACCUGCUAUGAACAUCGAUUUCAGCAAAAUUAUUAUGUGGCCGAACAAGAAUUUAGAGAAGAGCAACGAUUACAACAAGUAUCGACACAAGUCGUCAUUGGACCCCAACCUAAGAUGGAAUUGAAUGGAAAUGAAUAAUGAUAAUUAUUGAAAAUGAAAAUUAUUUGAAUUUUUCUUGAAUAAUAAUAAAUUA